CAACUCUCGACAUUCGCUUUAUCCGACCUCGAUUCCUCCAGAACGAUCCCAUGAUAACACAUAGCUUUUGUUUAUCCCGUAGAGGAGUCGCGAUUAAACCAUGGUUCCCCUUGUUCCCAUCAUGAGGGCGACUGCGCCUACACCGAUCGCAAAACCUAUCAAGCCUCUUCUUCGACGUGCUACAGUCUCUGGUACGGUGCGCAAGGUGGAUGAUGCUGGUCUCGACGAUGAUAUCCUCUCUGCACCACCUAGUCCGAGUAAGAGAGCGCGGGUUACAUUUAACCCGACUGUCGACACCAAGGUCAUGGAGGAGUACCAGGUCAAGGGCAGAAGUCUCGAGUCCGUCAGAGGGGAGGUCAAGAGGGCUCUUCAGGCGCAUCUGAAGCGCGACAGCGAGGGCUACGACGUAAUCAAGGAGGUCCUUGCCCCGAGGCGUGCUGAGGACGAAGACGACGACGAGGCUGACGCAAAGGCGAAUAUCAAGGCAUACGUGCUUGCGCUCACAAGCCAUGCCUCAAUGCUGAACAAGAACUGCUCCGACCUAGUCAAAGCAGUUCUUGGGUGCGAAUGGAUGGGCCGAGAUGAGGGGUUUGUUAAGGCAUACAUUCUUUUCUUGGGUAGUCUGGCCAGUGCGCAGGGCGCGUACGUGACUAUGGUCCUUGAGAUGCUGGUGUCGCAUUUCUAUGGUGUCAGACUCUCAAGCGGUCGUCUUCCAGGUUGUCCUGAUGUCAACCGUGAUCAGUUGGCAUCAAGGAUUCAUGCCGCCCUCAAAUACCUCCUACGACUGAUUCCUUCCGCCAGCGGUACCUUAUCACCGAUUUUGAACACCAAAUUUCCUUCUCCAGAUGACUCCAAGCGGGAGCACACAACAUACAUCACCAAUCUGGUUCGUCUUAUUGAGUACGCGCCAGAGCUGAAAUCGGAUGUAUUCGCCCUUGUCACAGACCGUCUCGUCAAAAUCGACGUGCAGAUGCAAGUGGACUUGGAAGACCUGGACGAUGAAGCUGCAACGGCUAUCGUUCAGGCACUGACACUCAACAAUGCACCUGCCACUGAGGCUGAAGACAGGGACGAUUCCGACAGUGACCUCGACUCGGUGACAAGCGAGGAACAAAACGACUCACAGCGAGUCAAGGAAAUUCGCGAGAAUGUUGAGAAGAUGGACGCAAUACUCGACCUCCUUUUCAACAUCUACAAUCCAUAUUUCGCUGAUCCGAACAGUGUGGAAGCUGCUUCGAUGUUCGAAACUUUACUCAACCAUUUCGUCAAUAUCAUCCUUCCCACAUAUCGAUCACGACACACGCAAUUUCUACUUUUCCACUUCGCACAAACCGCUGAGCAUCUUGUGGACCAGUUUGCUGGAACAUGCGUGCAAUUGGCCUUUCAGUCAAGCCGACCAGCUGUUUUGAGACAAUCCUCUGCAGCAUAUCUCGCCAGCUUCGUUGCCCGAGGCGCACAUGUCCAGCCCCAUGUUGUCCGGACGGUCUUUGAGCUCAUUGGCAGCAACCUGGACAUCAUUCGAAGUGAUAAUGAGGUCACUUGCCGUGGGCCCGACCUGAAGCGCUACAGUACAUUCUAUGCCAUGACUCAGGCUUUACUGUACAUCUUCUGCUUCAGGUGGCGAGACCUCAUUGAGUCUAGUGAGGUAUUGGAGGAGGAAGACCCUCUAGGCUUUGUCAACCAGGACCUAGAUUGGACUCCUGGUGUUAAGGAGACACUCUCCCGCACGAUAUACUCAAACCUUAACCCGCUCAAGAUUUGCUCGCCGCCGAUUGUUGCCGAGUUUGCCAAGAUUGCGCAUCAUCUUCGCUUCAUGUACGUCUAUCCGCUUCUCGAGACCAACAAGCGGAUACGCCUGAGCCAAUUCUCCUCGAGCCAUGCCAAUGGUGCUUUACGAGACACUGGCAAUGGUGGAAACAAUGAAAGCUGGCAUCAGCUCGAUGCUUAUUUCCCUUUCGAUCCAUACCAGCUCCCUGUCAGCAAGAAGUGGGUCGAUGCCGACUACGUCCAAUGGAAAGGCAUUCCUGGCCUUAAUGAAGAUGAGGAUGAGGACGAAGAGAGUGGCGAUGAGGAGGAUGGAGACGAGAUAGAAGUCGAAGAUAAUACCGCGACGGACAGCGACGACGAAUGAAUCUCCUUUUUAUACUAUAAGAUUUGGGACGAUUUUGGUCCAUACAACAGCGCAGCGUUGCUUCAUUGGCGUUUAUUUCAGGCAUAGCGAGCAGGAAAAUAAGGGCCAUAAUCAAAAAGUUAGCGUCGAGGACCAAUGCCUGGUUGGCACAUUGGAGGCGUUCUGAUAUCUUGUACUAUUUCGUGCAGGAUCUUUACCAUGUGAAGCGAUAUGGGCCGUUAGAUCUUGCUUUUGCACACGCAUAGAGAUCUUAGAGCCUUCGAGAGAGGUGGCGGUAGCUAGAUGAGAUUUGAGGAAUGAAAACUAGAUACCAC